AUGCGACGCAACAAUCUUAAUGUGCCACCGCCGCUAUCCCCAUCCGCCUUCGACAUUCCGGUUGGCACUGAGGUGCCCUUUCCACCCCAAUCCCGCGGUCGGACAGCAAACAACGAUUUCUCCCACCCCUAUCCAUACCCUUACUCCUGCUCAUCGUCAGCGAGCCCACUGAGCUCGGCUGCCACCAGUCCCGCCUCCUCGCCUACCUCUCCUUUCCGAAGAAUAUACCGGGGACUGUCGUCCUCGCGUUCCGAUGGAGAUGCGACCCGCAGUCGAAGUCAGAGCCCCUUCAGCUUACACUCAGUUCUCCGUGCGCGGCCGUCGCUGAUUCUUCUUCGUCGGCGCCCCUCCUCGGUCGACAUUGCGUUGAGCGAAGAGCGCUAUCGGUGCGAUGAAGACUCGGUAGAAAGACAAGGCCUCGAACUCUUGGAACCAAGGCCAGUUGAUCCGGUGGAUAUUCCCAUGGAUUUGAAUUCCCAUAUAUCGGGGAGCAACAGUAUCAAAGCAGCGCUGUCGUCUGGUUCAUCUUCUCCCACUCGUCAGACGCAAUCGCAGUCGCAAUCACAACCACGAUUCGUGAUGGGCGGCAUAGUUGAAGUAAUGGAGGGUCAGGCAUGA